AUGGCGGCGGUGUCGCUCCUCGUUAGCGCGCUGCUUCUGCUGUCGCCGGCCGCGGCGGAGCUGCAGCGGGUGCAGCACGCGCCCAAGGAUGAUGGGUCGCUCACCGUGCUAGCCGUCGGCGACUGGGGGAGGGGCGGGCAGUUUAACCAGACUCUUGUGGCCGAGCAGAUGGGAGUAGUCGGGGAGAAGCUGAGCGCUGAUUUCAUCAUCUCCACCGGCGACAACUUCUACAAUGAUGGCCUCUCGGGUGACAACGACACGGCUUUCUUCAAAGCGUCCUUCACCGACAUCUACACCGCCGACAGCCUCCAGAAGCCAUGGUACAUCGUGCUCGGCAACCAUGACUACACCGGCGACGCGCUGGCGCAGCAAAGCGCCGCCAUCCGCGAAGUCGACAGCCGGUGGACCUCUGUUAAUAAGUCCUUCAUCGUCGAAGCAGAGAUGGUGGACUUGUUCCUGGUGGACACUUCGCCCUUCGUGCUCAAGUACUGGAACGAGAGCAAGUUUGACUGGAGGAACGUUGCUCCUCGUGACACCUACAUCGCCGAUCUCCUCAAGGACCUGGAGGACGCCCUGACGGGGUCCAAAGCGACCUGGAAGAUCGUGGUCGGCCACCACCCCAUCAGCAGCGGCUGCGAGCACGGCAACACCACCGAGCUCCGUGAGCACCUCCUCCCAGUCCUCAAGACCCAUGGAGUGGACAUGUACCUGAACGGCCACGACCACUGUCUACAGCGUAUCAGCAGCGUCGACAGCCCCGUGGAGUUCGUGACGAGCGGCGGAGGAUCUAAAGCGUGGGCGGGUAAGUUCAAGCCGACCUCUGACAAGAUGGAGUUCCUCUACGACGGGCAGGGGUUCCUGUCCAUGCAUCUCACCGCGGCGGAGGCCAACUUCGCCUUUUACGACGUUGCCGGGACAGUCCUGCACACCUGGGGUCUCACCAAGUCGGCCGCCGCCAGCAUCGAAGGGAUUAUGAGAUUAAAGGGCCACAACACCACCCUUCAUAACAGAAACCUCAAACUCUUGCAUAGGUUUGGUAUCCUGAAUGCAGAAUCAGAGACGAAUGCUCAGUCUCCGGGAGAGGAGCAGCCAGUGCGCGUGUGUGCAUCUUCGGCCGUGGAUGGCGGUUCCAUAGUUGAAGAGGUUCCUAUGGACAAGGACUUUGCAGCUCUCAGGCAUAUUGAAGAGGAUGUGAUAACACGAUUCUCCGCGAAACUGGACCAGAUCAAGGGCCACAACACCAUCCUUCAUAAGAAAAUCCGCCACCUCGUGGGCAGGUGCAUUUUAGAUCGUGCCAUAUCGGAGGAGAAUGCCCGUUCCGAGCAAUCUUCUUUUGAUAAACGGUACUCAGACGUUCUCGCGGAGUGUAAGAAGUUGAGGAAGGAAGUCGAGGAACUACGCGCCCAGCCACCGAUGAGUGUGGUCACUGACAAGGCUGGUCAGUGUGAUUGCAACCGUGAUCGUGAAAGUUUUCAACAGAAGUGGAGUUGCAUGCCGAACAUGCGCAAUAUUUCGAGACGAAGUACUUGA